AUGAAACUUUCCGGGCGUUCUAGUGUUAAAAGAUCCCACAAUGUAGCGGGAAAAUAUGGUUUUACAAAUCGCGUUAUUGACGGUAUAUCGUUGACAAUAACAAAUCUGACAUUUACAGUUAAACUUAGUAAAUUUGAUAUCUCAAUCUUUUUACCAAGUAUCGAUAUUUAUAGUACAACACCGUUUGGAAAAAAACCAGACUCAUUAAAAUCAACACGAUUAAGAAAUUUAGCGAAAGAUCAUAUAAUCUUGUUUAAAGAAAUUGCAUGGUCCAGUACUCGAAUUGAAGCAGCAUCUAAUGAUAGUAGUACGACUGCUGCAGCCAUACGUUUAAUUGGUAGUUCAUGUCGAAUGAGAAUUAUAAUGAAAAAAAAUUUAAAUGAUAGUAGUUUAGUAGCAUCUCGUGUUCAACUCCAUUUCGAUGAUUUAUUGUGGGUUGUGAACGAUGCACAAUUAAAAUCAGCAAUGAAUACAUAUUUGGAAAUAACAAAUUUAAUGAAAAAAGCGUCCGAUCAACGAAAAAAAAAAGCACAAGAUAAACUAAUCAAACAGGAACAAUCUCGAACGGCAUUUCAACCACAAAAACCGACAACUGGUGAUAAUAAUCAACAGUCAUCCGCAAAUUCCACUCCAAAUAUCAGCGAUGCAUUUGAACGCUAUGAUGUUCUUGAAACAUCUUUACAUUUAUCCGUAAAACGACUUGAUUUACAUAUUGUUGCUGAUUCAGAUGUGCUAAGUGAUCGUUUAGCUGAGGGUGGCGCACUUCAGUUGACUAUCGCUAAUCUGACAUUUGAUCAUUAUCCAUAUCAUCAAUUUGGUUCAUCAAAAAAACAUUGGAGCAAAUAUAGUGAAUUACAAUCGGAUAGUAGAAAUGACUGGGCAGGUAGUUUAUACAAGGAAUGGCAAGACCAAAUAAAUAAAGCUAAAACAAAAGUUGUCAAAGAUGAUAUGUCUGUUAAAUUAGAAAGCGCUCUUCAAGCAAAUCGUAUAUGUCUAUUUGAAUCAUGUAGUGUAAUAAAUAUUGAUGAUUUAGUUUUAUAUCAAGUAUCAUUGAUAAAUGAUAAAUCAGAAAAACAUGGAAAAGAUCAACGACGACGUCGUGCAUGUAUUACAUCGGAUCGUUCACAUUAUCAAUUACCAGAAUUUCUUGGCAUUGUUAAUAUACAGUUUGCAGAAUAUUAUUAUCCUGAUCCAUAUGCUUUUCCAGUUCCAAACAGUGAUUUGUAUAUUCAGUUAUUGCCUGUACGAUUUGUUAUUGAUUUUGCUACAUUAAGUUGGAUAAAUGCGUUUAUGAUGACGAUGUCGACAACAAUGGAAAAAACGAUAUUGGCUGAACCAAGUGAACCUGAACAUGUUGAUAUUAUGAUUGAUGCUAUGCUACCUAGAAUUGUUGUUACAUCUGAUAUUUUUUCUCCCUCUUCUACUACUAGUACUACCACAAAAUUAAACUCAUCUGAUUUAAAGUCAUCAUCAUUAGUUCGAAAUGAAUCUACUCAGUUCAACACAUUAGAACUAACAUUUUCAAAAUUAUUAUUGACAAAUACACGCAUAGAUCAAAUGAGUUCAACAUCAAUGUUAGAAAAACACUUAAAUUUAUUCAAUAAAAAAGAAACAUCCGGUACGUCAUUUUUUGAUCAAAUGAAUUGGCCACUAUCUUCUGAUCCCACUGUUAAAUCAAGAAUAAGUCCAUUGUUUAAACAAACAUCUGAACAAUCAUAUUUAUAUAAAAAUCCCUUAAAUAGUGAUCAAAAAUUAAAACAAGUGAAAGAACCAAAAUCGUCGACAACUGCACUUCAUUCUUAUUAUACAAUGACAACCGAUUCAUUAAAAAAAUCAUCGAAAUAUGAUAUCUGGCAUUUUACUGGUGAAAAGAUUUGGUGUGAUUUUAAUCUGUCACGAUCAAUAGCCAAACAAUCGAUGAUCGAUUCAUUAACCAUUAGUGGAUGGAUGGUUCUCGAUCAAAAUAAUAAAGAUGAUGAGUCAAAAUCAGACGAUUCAUUGUUGAAUAUCUUAUGCGUGAUCGAAGGUAAUUCAAUGAUCAAAAUUACCCAAAAACAGUAUACAUUUGUAAUGAAUUUAAUUAAUGAAAUUGGAUUAUUUUUGGAUGUACUUGAUCAAACAAAAUUACAAAGUGAUUUAAUUGAACGGAAAACGUCUGGAAAAAGAAGUAAAGAAACGAAAAUAACAUUGUGUUUAACAACGCCAUCACAAUUAACAUUAGCUGUUUUGGAAUCAUUGGAAGAAUUAGGGGAAGAAUCAUCAUCAGUACAAAUUUCAAUUCUUGGUGAAUCGAACGGUAUCGUAUCAGAUAGUGGACAAACUACAACUGUUUCAAAUCUAGAUAUUAAUACUGAACCAAAUGCAACAUUACAGGAUUCAUCAGAUGCAAAUUUAGUUGUCGAUUUGGUAACCACGCCGGCUGCCAUACUAGCUGGUACCGUAAAAUUAGAAGCACCAGUUCAACCCUCUUUACCUUCACCAAGUAUUUCCGUUAUUUCAUUAUCCAACGAAUCCACAGCAUCAUCCACUGCGACCAACAAUUUGACAAAAGGUUUCAGUUUAUUAGGUCAAAAGCGUUCAAAGAUUGAAGAAACAGUACAAAAAGGUUUAGAUACAUUGAAAGUACGUGCCCCAUCACAAUCAUCAUUAUUCAAUUCGGGUUCAGCUGGCAGUGAUUCGGACGAAACAUCAUCACAAUGGGAUUUAUCAGAUGAUUUGGAUGCUGAUUUAGAAUCAAAUUUUGGUGAUGAUAAUAUGAAAAAUGGUGAUUUACAACAAAAAGGAGCUAGAAUUGAUAUUGAUGAUGAUUUAAAUAGUUUGAAAGGUGUUAGUGCCCAUAGUGGAUUUGAUCUGGUCAAUGGAACAUUUGUCAAACUAGAUCGUAUUGAUUUAUGUAUUACCGAGGAAAUUUCAUCAAAACAAUUUUAUGUUGGCUGCAAUAUCAAUGAUAUACAUGUUGAUGAAUUUAUUGGACUCAAAUUUGAAAAUAUUAAACCAAAAUUAUUCGAUAAUAACAUUCCAUGUAACACUGUAAAUUCUCCAAUUAUCAAUGUUCCCGUGUAUGCUCGUAUUGAUUUUCCAAAAGGAUCGGAACCACCACAUGUUCGGAUCGAAGUUAAAGAUCGUCGGCUACAAAUAAGCAAACAUUCCAUUGAUAUUCUAUCAGAUACACUAGAAGAAAUAAAACCCAUGCAUGAUAAAAUUGAAGAACGACAACAUUCAAACAUGGUAACAAUAGAUGUACUAUUAACAAAUAUGAGUCUUUUACUUGAAACGAUAAGUCCUACGCUUGGAUCAAUAAUCAGUCCAAAACCACCACUGGAUAUUCAAAUUGAACAAUUGCAUGUUAGAAGACUUAAAAAUGGACAAGUUGUUAUGGAAAAACAAACGGAUAAUGGACUACAGCUAAAUGAUAAACCUCAAUCGAAACAAUGUGCCGUCGUGGAUGAUCAAAAAUUAGAUGAAAAGUUAAAACACUAUGAUUUAGUUGAACGUGAAAAUGAUCGUUUACAUGUAGAAUUAGAUGCUCAUAAACAACAAAUAAUUGCUUUAAGACAAGAACGUGAUUCUCUAAUAGCAAACAUAUCAAAAUUAGAUGUUGAAUUAACAAAAUCAGAAUUUGUUCGAGUACAACAACAAGAACAACAUCAACAUAAAUAA